AAAUAAAAAUGGAUUAGAGGAUGUUCUUAGAUAUUUUAAUCUGAUGUAUGUGUCAAUACGUAGUUCAACUAUAACAUGAUCGCAUAUUAAAUUCAUUAUCUAACGAUAAGAAAGUAUGAAUACCAAACCGGCCGGGAACUAAAAUACCAAUUACAAUGUUUCCUAAACCGUAUUGGAAGCAGGGAUAAAGAGAGCUAACAUUCUAAAAACGGGUAAACUAAUAAGAUGAGCUUACAACACCAUAUGUUCUGUCCUUUUGUGUGUAAGAUGCUGACGUGGUAAACAUCCCUAACUGAAACCGAAGAAGAUCGAAACAAGACAACCCAAAUUACUCAAACAAAGAAAGGCUAAGCUCUCUGCUUCAUAUGAAACCAUAAUCGGAUCUCUUGCCGUGACGGUGAAGGUACCGUUGGCCAACGACGACGACGGCUCUUAUGACGUAACCUUCUUCUCCAGCCGAGCCAGCAUCAGUGGUCUAUCUAUCAAACCUACAAUAUCAUGAUCCCGCUUUGAAAUCUCUCAGCCUUUAUCUCUGAAAAUGGGAUCUAGAAUCCAAGAAGAGAAGGAGCUGGAACCGGAUAUGGAGAAGGGUUGGGCGACCGAUCCUGUGAGUCCGGCAGGGAGCACUGUAGCGGACCUGUCGUCGCCAACUCCAACCCCAAGGAAGACUCUGGUCCUGUCCAAUUCAGGGAAGGCUCUUAUGGUGUCUAACUCAAGCAAGUCCUUAGGCCUUUCCAAUUCGGGAAAACGGUUUGAUCCAACCGGUAAAAAGAAGUAUGUCAAACAAGUCACUGGCCGCCACAACGACACCGAGCUUCACCUAGCUGCUCAAAGAGGAGACUUGGCUGCUGUUAAGCAGAUUCUUAGUGACAUUGAUUCUCAGAUCACUGGUACCAUUUCAGGAUCUGAUUUUGAUGACGAGGUGGCACAAAUAAUGACAUCAGUGGUAAACGAGGUGAAUGAGUUAGGAGAGACACCACUUUUUACAGCAGCAGAGAAAGGCAAUAUUGAUGUUGUGAAAGAGCUUUUGUGUUAUACCACCAAAGAGUCUCUUAUGCAGAAGAAUCUUUCUGGAUUCGACGCUUUACAUAUUGCUUGCAGUCAAGGCCAUCGAGCUAUUGUUCAGUUACUGCUAGAGCAUGAACCUCUAUUGAGUAAAACAGUAGCUCAAUCAAACGCAACACCACUUGUUUCUGCUGCAACACGAGGGCAUUCAGAAGUAGUUAAUGAGUUGCUUGCUAAAGACUCAAGCUUGCUUGAGAUAUCAAGAUCUAAUGGAAAAAACGCGCUUCACCUAGCUGCACGUCAAGGUCAUGUAGAUAUUGUAAGAACGUUGCUUGAUAAAGAUCCGCAGUUAGCAAGAAGAACAGACAAGAAAGGACAAACGUCUUUACAUAUGGCUGUGAAAGGAAUUAGCUCAGAAGUCGUGAGAUUACUCCUUCGAGCUGAUCCGGCUAUCGUCAUGCUUCCUGACAAGUUUGGUAACACCGUGUUGCAUAUCGCUACACGAAAGAAAAGAGCAGAGAUUGUGAACGAACUGUUACAACUUCCGGAUACAAACGUGAAUGCGCUAACACGAGAUCAUAAAACCGCUUACGACAUCGCUGAAGGACUUACUCAUUCAGAGGAAACACAAGAGAUCAAAGAAAUAUUAUCCCGUUGUGGAGCGCUCAAAGCAAACGAACUGAACCAGCCAAGAGACGAGCUGCGAAAGACCGUGACCGAGAUCAAAAAAGACGUCCACACGCAGCUAGAACAAACCCGAAGAACCAACAAAAACGUAGACGGUAUCGCCAAAGAGCUAAGGAAACUCCACAGAGCUGGAAUCAACAAUGCUACAAACUCGGUAACCGUGGUGGCUGUCCUCUUCGCCACGGUUGCAUUCGCCGCCAUUUUUACGGUUCCGGGAGGCGACGACGACAACGGUGUGGCCGUGAUGGUACACGCAACAUCAUUCAAGAUAUUCUUUAUAUUCAACGCGAUUGCGCUCUUCACUUCGUUAGCAGUAGUUGUCGUGCAAAUCACGUUAGUGAGAGGUGAGACUAAAACGGAAAGACGUGUGGUGGAAGUAAUCAAUAAGCUGAUGUGGCUUGCCUCUGUCUGCACCAGCGUGGCGUUCAUUUCUUCCUCGUACAUUGUGGUUGGUCGGAGAAAUAGAUACUCAGCGGUUGUGGUUACGGUUAUAGGAACCGUGACAAUGACGGGGAUUUUAAGUAUAAUGACUUAUUAUGUUGUGAAGUCUAAGAGGACUAGGAAGGUGAGGAAGAAGGAGAAGAAGAAGAAGUUUGGUAGAACUGGUACGGGCUCGUGGCAUAAUGCGAAUCCAUCUGAGACUGAAUCAGAGGUGAAUCCAAUUUACGCUAUCUGAUCGAUGAUGAUGAUUGAUUAUCAAUGGAAACUCAUAU